AUGGAGCAUGUCAUAUGCUUCCUAAAAGGCCUAAAUGAGUGUUAUAAUACUGUAAGGACACAAAUACUUCUGAUGGAGCCCCUGUCCAAUAUUAACCGUGCCUUUUCCCUUAUCAUACAACAGGAAAGGCAGGAGAAACAUGACUCUGGAUUCACUAACCAGGCUGACAUCAAGAUUCUUGCCAACAACACUGAAAGACAAAAUAACUGGAGAGGUGAUCAAAGCUGGAAAGGCCAUGGGCGUGGUUUGGCACCUCGUAGUCAAGGAAGAGGGAAAGGAAGAAAUCCCCAUCAAGGGAAGCAACGCUCUUACUAUCACAAGAUGAAUCACACAAUUGAUGAAUGCUACUAUAAACAUGGGUAUCCCCCAUGGUACAAAAAGGGUGAUAAUAAUGGUCAAAACAGUGUGGGACAGAAUGAAUGGGGAUCUACAAAUGCCUGCACUGCAUUAACAGGUUUACAAACCAACCAACAAAACAAUACCAAUGCUGCCCAGAAUUCCUUCACCCCAGAACAAAUGAAGAAGAUAUUGGAAAUGAUUGAUAAGACCGAGAACAUCUCCCAUAGCAUCAUUCAAAUGCACAAAGACACCACAGAAGAUAGACAAGAAUUCACUUUCAACCUUAUAUUUGUUCAAUGUUUGACUAGAGACAUAAAAUGUAAACUGACAUUCUCUUCUAAGAUGUGUGAAAUCCAGGACAAUUCUACAUUGAAGAUGAUUGGAUGUGCUAAGGUGUACAAAGGGCUCUACUACUUGCAGCCUGUUGGAAAGAACCUGAAAUCUAGUUUUGUUUUCUCUUAUGAACAUGUAAAAAUAAACAUGCAAGAAUUUUCCUUAUAUUCAAACUGA